AUGAAAAAAUUGAGGCAGAGGAAAGACCAGUCGAAAGGAACCUUAGUCCAUAACAGAGCCAGUAAGGUUAGUAGCAAAAGCAAAUUGAUUAAGUUAAAGCUGAACCUUGACAAAACUAAUAACACUAUUUAUACAAAGGAAAGCUCUGAGAGGGGAGGUAAGACCAAGAGUGCAAGGCACCCAAAUUCUCCUGAAAGGAGCAAAAAUUUGGCUAAAAUCAAGAAAUUCAGACCAAUUUUGGAGAAAUAAACCUCAAAGAGACACCCUUGGAGAGAAGGACAGCAAGAUUUCAAGAAUAGUUGCUUCUUCCAAGAGCCAGAUCGAUACUAGCGAAGUGUCAUCUGCAAAGCGACAAGGGUGUGGGAAGGGACAGAAGAAUAGGCAACCAAAACAAGUUAAUGGGUUUUACAAAAAGCCUUCUCUUUUAUCCAACUUUUCCACUAGUAUUGUCAAGCCAAAUGAGGAAACUAAGCAGCACUUUAAUUCAUUCGUGCAGACACAUGAUGUCGCUUAUGGAUUUAAGGUUGAAUGUGCUGAUAAUCAUUCAGGAAGGGAUAGAAGUUACUGCAAGAAAUUAGAAUCAGUACGGCCGUCUAGAAACCUUAAGAAAUUAGAUAAAGUACCACAAAAAUAAUGAGAGAUCCUCUGUACCAAAAUCUUCACAGUCAAAUUCAUAUUACGAACAAGCUCUUCAUGAAAAGUAUAAUAGCCAUGCAGGGCCUUCUAAGUGUAAGAAGCGAAGGAAAAAGAAUGGAUCGAGCAGCAUUGACCUCUCAUCCUUUAUGUCAGGGGAGAGAUCUAUAAUCACCUUCCCAGGUCGCCAGACUAUUGAGAGCAAGAAACCUAUCAUGUCUGUCAAAGAGUAUAACAAUACUAUCGAUAGGCUGACUAAAGAAAAUGAGGAUUUUAAGGACCAAAUAGCUGAUUUAAGGAAGGUGUUGACUCAACACAAGAACACUAUCGAAGAGUCUGCUGUGAAUAACAAAGACCUGCAAGAUACCCUGAUAGAGAGUAACAACUGACUACGGUCAAUGAUAACUACACAGUUUGUGUUCAUUGAUUUCUUCAAGCAGGUUGAAAAGAUUCCCCAAAUCGCGUCUUGAAAUAACAGAGUUAACUUCUGCGAAGUUUCAAAUGAACUUGAGAAAAUUCUUGUUAACGAAGGUGAGAAAAUUUCGAGUCUUGACCUUGAAGUUGAGAAAUUCGAAACCAUACUUGAGAAGACCACUCAGUUUUUGGAAACACAGGAAGGUGCCAAGCUUAAGGUGUUUGUCAAGAAAUUUUCUGACGAUCAUGGUCAAAACCCACUGAAGGUGUACAACCAAGAGUAUGACCUUAAUCAAGAGCUUGGUUUUGAGAGCGAAAGAAAGAGUACAAAGCUAAAUGAGCCUGAUAGCUGAAGGUGUAAUACCAUGUCGAAUAACUCAAAACUGGAGGAAGAAAAUGACUGGUUUAGGAAACAGAUCAAACAACUUAAUAAUUCUCUCAAAUAAGGCUAAGCAGAACAAGCACUCCAUGUAUUUCCGGAACGAUCGGAAAAUGAUGGAGUUGAACAGGGUUACAAAGGAACGCAACAAAUUACAGGAGAAGGUCUGCAUUGUCGAGAAUGAGCUCCAUGCCCAGAAGAUGAUCAAUAUUGACAAAACCGAGGAACUUCGCCUUCAAAAGGAAAGAUACGACCAACUCGAGAAUGACUUCGAGCAGCUGAGAAUUAAUUUUGAUGAGCGGAUUUCUAAUUCGGUCAGGACAACGGAGAAACCUCUGAAGUCUAAGAUCAAGAGCUUAGAGUAUGAGAUAAAGAUCCUGAAGGAGAAACUGAAUUUUACAAAGCAACAAUAUGACGUUGCCAAGAAGAACGAUCAGGUAAUGCAAGUCAUGGAUGAUCUUUCAAGGAUGAUUCUUAGCAAGAACAAUGACCCAAAUUUUUUGACUAGAGAGAAGAAGGCACUUAUAAAGUCCUUGUUCGGAGAUUAUGCGACGAAUUUCUAUAAACAAGAGAUUACUAUUCUGAAGUCCGAGAUACUAUCAUUGAGGAAGACUCGAGAUGAAGAUAUCAAGAAUUCUUUGCGGUAUCUUGAAGCUCUCAUGAACUUCGAUGAAUACAAGGAUAAUAAGAACCUCCUGAUGCAGAAGGAUGAGCUCCUGUCACAGAUCCAGAGCAACAGGAAUAGCUCAGGGAACCAACUUAAUAAGAAAUCUUACGGUGUUCCUGAGUUUUCCAUUUUUAGUAGCGAAGACGAUGAGGGAUCUCAUGCUCAAAAUUCUCCAAGAACUUUAUUUAAGCCUGAGUUAGAGUUCAGUGAGUUUAACCUCAUUCAUGAUGAGAAGUUAUUGGAUGUGGAUUUCGAGUCAAAAUAAGCUCCAUA